AUGCGCAUACCCAUCCGAGUCCAACUAGGGAGCAUUAUCCUCCUGGCAUCACUCGUCGGCCUCGCUGUCAUUUCAAUCGCAACAUGGAUCUUCACGCACAACUUCGUCCUCCAGCUCCGGGUUUCCAGACUCGAGUUCACGGCUUCGCUGAAAGCAGCCCAACUCUCGUCGAACCUUGACUUGUAUGGCACGUCCGCAACGACUAUAAGCACGCGAGUCACGAUUCAAAAUGCUUUUCAGCGAUACUACGCUACUGGAAACAACUCAAUUGAGAACUGGUUAAAUCCGUUAAGAGACAUUCAAGCCGCUAUUAGUUCCGACGCUUCGCUGGGGCAGUCUUUGUUCGCGAUACCAUUCGGUGCUAACGAUACCGAUGUGAGAUCGAGACAGCAGGCGUACAAUGUGCACUUGAAGCUAACAUCACUUCAGGCCGGUCCCUACGGUUACCCUCCUCCGCUUUACCCUAACCUCACCUAUUUCACUGAGGCUCACAACUCUACCUACGAUGUGAACAAAGCAUCGUAUGGAGGUCGAGCACUCGAGCCAGGCGCACCGUUACUUCUUGGGCCGUGGAGCAUCAACUCAUCAUUCUCCUUGAUGUCUCUGACGGUGCCUGUCACGAAUAACACCAACAAGGUUGAGAUUCUCGGAUACCUCACAGUCGUUCUCGACGCUCGCUUGAUAUAUCAAGUCACAAAUUCUCUCCAAGGCCUGGGAAAGACCGGCGAGACUUUACUUCUGGGUCCGGCUGCUCGCAACAACCACUUCAAUGAAACAAUCAUGACCAGCGUGGGCGACAAAACGAGGAUGGACUUUGACGUCCAAUACAUCGUUCCCGUCAAUGCUACCCGCUCCAGUACCAAGCAAAGCCCGGCGAGAAGUAUAGCUACACCCGCCUUCAACGCUAGUCAAUUCCCAGUCAUAUACGAUGCGCUAGCGCUCACGCUCCAAAGCAACAGCAUGGCGGACGUGUCUGGCGGCGACGUCCGCGCCAAGAAUGAAGCCGGCGAGAAAGUCAGCGUAGGCUAUGCUCUCCUGGACAGUAACAUGGUGGAUUGGAUUGUGGUCGUGUCCAUGAGUCGAAAGGAGGUGUGGCAACCCAUCAACACAUUGCGGAACGUCAUCAUAACGUGUCUCUUCGCAACAGCGGCGUUGAUGGCCGUGUUUUCGUUCGGCCUUGGGCACUUCGCUUCGUUGCCUAUCAUCCGCCUGAAGCAGGCUACCCUACGAUCGAUGGACCCUCCAAGUGCAAGUCGGUCGAGUUUCGAUUCAUUUGCAAGCGGACGGGCCGAUGGCGAGACCGCGAAUUUGAACGACGGCACUGACGAAACUCUCGCACGCAAAGAAGGACUCGUGGCCUUCUCCAAUCCAGUCACGAAAUGGCGGCAAAAACGAAGUGAAGCCUCACAGGCCCGCCGCGAUGAGCGGCAAAAGCGCGUCUUCCGGAUUCCAGGAAAGGUCAAGGAGCGCAAACACUGGGCGAAGGAUGAAUUGUCGGAGCUCACAGAGGUUUUCAAUUCUAUGUCAGACGAGUUGAUGAUGCAGUACACCAAAUUAGAGGAGAGAGUGCAGCAGAGAACAGCAGAGCUGGAACUCAGUAAGAAAGCUGCAGAGGCUGCGAAUGAGUCGAAAACGUUGUUCAUAGCGAAUCUGAGUCACGAGCUCAAGACGCCCUUGAAUGGCAUCCUCGGCUUAUCUGCCGUCUGUAUGCAGGAGGACGAUCCUUUACGACUCAAGCGUUCAUUGGGAAUAAUCUACAAGAGCGGCGACCUGCUUCUCAACUUACUCACAGACCUCCUUACCUUCAGCAAAAACCAAGUCGGCCAGCACAUCACUCUGGACGAGAAGGAGUUCCGCUUGCGAGACAUCAGCUCACAAAUCCUUGCGAUCUUCGAAAAGCAAGCGAGGGAAGGUCAAAUCGAUCUGCGAGUGGAAUUCGAAGGCGCGCAGAACGCGACCCUAGAUGAUGAAUUCUCUGAGCGAAAUUCAACGACUGGUCCGAGUGGGAUAGGACGCCUGCGUGACUUAAUUCUCUGGGGUGAUAUCCACCGUCUGCUCCAGGUCGUCAUCAAUCUGAUCUCGAAUGCUCUCAAAUUUAGCCAUCAAGGAGGCUCCGUGGUCCUGACAGUGCGCUGCCUGCCCGAAAUACCGGAUCUCGGAAGUCGUACGGCCUCGAUAAAUUCUCGUCCUUCACGGCACAACUCGUCACGUCAAAGGGCUUCAGCGUCGACCGCUCGUCUUAGUACUGCGAACGCUAUCAAUGCGAAGGAUAAGCCGCACGCCAUGUCGCAUGUGACUGAGCGAGCGCAGUCUCCGCCAUCUGGCAGAUACGUUUAUUUCGAAUUCUCGGUGGCGGACACUGGCCCUGGCAUUCCGGAGUCGAUGCAGGACAAGAUCUUUGAACCUUUUGUUCAAGGAGAUCUGGGCCUGAGCAAGAAGUAUGGCGGUACCGGGCUCGGUCUUUCAAUCUGUUCUCAGCUUGCUAGCCUCAUGCGCGGAACCAUCCGAGUGCAAAGCACGAUUGACGUUGGCAGUACCUUCACAAUGAAGGUGCCGUUACGACUCAUCCAAUCGCGGCGAGAAAGCUCCGCUACUUCGCUCGCGGACGGCAUACCAGGUUCUAGCAGAAGCGCCUCCUUUGACGAAGAUCGCCCUAUCACGCACGGACCUGUGGACUACAGCGAGAGUCCCACCGCCGAGAUCCCUCCAGCACCAAAGGUUCCGACAACAGGCGGCGUCCCCACAGGCGGCGUGAGCAACGAUUCUCAACCUCGCCUCGUCGGUCUCAGCCAGCCUUUCUUCGCGUCCAGCCAACCCAUGGAAUCACCAGGCUCUCAGCCCGGCGCCAUCAAGCAUGUCACGGGCCAAGCUUCUAGGAGCGAUCGCAUCCGAGUGCUUGUCGCUGAGGACAACAAAGUCAAUCAAGAAGUUGUCCUGCGCAUGCUCAAGCUCGAAGACAUUUACGAUGUGACGGUGGCCAAAGAUGGCCAGGAAGCUCUCGACUUGGUUAAAGAGUCUAUGUGCGGCGAUGAGCGCAAAGCGUUCAACUUGAUCUUCAUGGAUGUGCAGAUGCCAAAUGUUGACGGCCUACAAAGCACGAGGCUGAUUCGGGAGAUCGGCUACCAGGCGCCGAUCGUGGCGUUGACGGCGUUUGCUGAGGAGAGCAAUAUACAGGACUGUCUGGACUCAGGCAUGAACUACUUCCUCUCGAAGCCCAUCCGGCGACCACAGUUGAAGAAGGUAUUGAGGGAGUACUGCGCGCCGAUACCAGAGGAGAACGAAGAAGCCACCACGCCGGUGGACGAGCGGAGGGGCAGCACGACCAUUGUGAUGGUCAAUGGACCAUCCGCAAACGGCAGCUCGAAUGGUCACCCACCGGGGGAGGAUUUAUCGAAGAAUCACCAACAGGACCGGAACGGAAAACAGAUGGCGACGACGACAGAUGACGAUAUAUGA